AUGGCCACGGAUUUGCAGUCUCCGACUGCCUCUAUGGCCCAGCCAUCUCCCGCACCUUCUGGCUCCCGGGCUGCUUCCAAAGCACGAUCUAGAUCCCGACCAGCGCGCCGCCGAAGAGAUUCAUCUCCGGCGCCGUCCUCUUCUCCCUCCGGUCUACCGACGCCCGCCUUUUCGCCAGACGAUGGACAUACCGAUGCCGAUGCCGAUGACGACAUGGUCGAGGAUACACUAUCGCCGUUUGAUCCCCGCAGAAUCACGCCGACCCUUCAUGCAUCGCUCGUUUCCGAGAUUCUCAACCUCCGCCGGGAGGUCGAGAAUAAAACAAAAGCAAUUGAUUCGUUGGAACAAAGCUUGGAUGAAUCACGGACUGAAGCGGAAACUCUGAACGCCAACUUGUCGCAAGCGACUCGAGAAGCGCGGUCUCUCAAGCAUCAGAUUCAGCUUUUGGAGGGCGGGACCUCCUCUGCGAUGACAGAGCUGGCUCGUGAACGAGAUGAUGCUGUUGAGAACAUCAGCGAUGUGCGUAAGAAGCUGGAACAAGCACAGAAAAAGGCUCGCAGUCGCGAAGAAGAUGCGGAGCGAACACAGAUAAUGUGGGACCGCGAUCGCGAGUUGUGGGACAACGAGCGGCGCAACCUGGAACGGAAGGUGCACGUGGUGGAAGGCCGCCUCAAGACGGUCCUGAACGAGGUGGCCGCUGCCCAAGAGGCCGCAACCCUCCAUUCGCACCCCAGCGAAAUUGACGAGACGGCCAAGGAUAAGAGCAGAGGAAGCGACUCCGCCAGUGUAGCGUCCAGCAGCCAGGGCCGCCGACGCACGAGCAUGACCAGCGUGACGACCGACGAAGGAGAUGAGGAAGCCAAUUAUCACAAUGUCCGAUAUUCCGUAAUGAGUAUGGCUGCUGGCAAGGGCGAUGCCGGGUUGAAUCUGGCCCAAGAACUGGAUUUUGAUGAAGAAGACGAAUUUGCCGCUUCUGACGACGAUACGCCGGCCUCGCCGGGUGCUCUUCCUGAAGAACGGCCCAUGUCCGUUCAUUCCGCUGCGUCACAUUCUGUGGCGUCCAAGGCGAGGAAGAUUCUUGGUCUCUCAAUGCAAAGUACGUCUACGGCGGCCGGUGACUACCGCGCGAUGGAUAUGGGUGGUCCCACGAAAACGCCUCCGGAAAAGCCAAUUGUUGAAUACUGCGAUAUGGGUAUUCAAUAUUCACCUCCACCAUCCCCCAAGUUGCCGGUCAUGACGGAUGACGUGGAUGCGCCUAUGUUCAUGGACACCACACAACCGGAGGAAGAUCAUAAACCGCCGCCAGAGAUGAAGGACACCGCAACAAUUACUAUUGCAGCGGAGAUGAUCUCUACCUCCUGUCAGACUGUGGAAGAUCUUCCCAGUCCUCCCUAUACCCCAAAGAUCCCAGAUUCACCCGCUGAAUCUGCUGAGAUGGCUCCAGAACGGGUGGAAAUGGCAUCGACAUCGACUCAAACCGAAGAUAUUCCGGACGAAGAGCCGGUCUCGGCUCAGAAGGAUACCCUAUCGCCCCAUGACAUUCCAGAGCAAAUGGAUAUUCCUAUGAUCGCUAUCCAUCCACCAGGUUCAGAGCCGCCAUCGCCCCGAAACAGUGUUGUUCUUCCGCCGCAGACCAAGAACGUGUCGUGCCAGGCCAAUUUCCGCUCGGUGAUCGAGGGACGCUCCGUCGCUAUUCAGACCGAAGAAAUCCGCAUCGAUAAACGGCCAGUCAAACUUCCCGCCAGGCUCCUCCCAUCCGCCAUUCCAGAUCUGCCUACUCGGGCCGAGUCUCAAGACUCUGGUGUUCAGUCUUAUCAGCCAUACCGACCGCCAGUUCCUCCACCUCGCUCCACCAAGCGAGAACAGCGGCCUGUACAAACUGAACGUUCGUCCAAGCCCGCCCGGGCACCGCCAUCUGAGCUGGCUCAGGCUUAUCCAGGUAACAAUGACAAUGGGCCACUGUCAGAUGAUGUGAUGUCUGGCAUUCGUCGACCUUUCCGCUCCAGCAGUCUCUUUGCUGGGUUCGAACAACUAAGUGAUGAUGAAGGCCCCGGCGAAGAGCGAGACAUUUUCACCGAUGAUGAGCUUCUUAACCGACCUUUCGCAUCAUAUAAGCUUCGCCGAGGCAAGAUGGUCAACUCCAAGCAAAGAACAAGCCUUGAUGAUAUUGGCCUUCCUGAAAUCGAUGAACAUCUAUCUGAUCCGGAAUCCCGACAAUCCAUUGACACAGAGCGCGGCCCCACCCGUGCCGGCCAGCGGUAUGGCUCCCAUGGCUUGUAUGCUUCAAACAGCAGACAAUCUGGUAUGCGCAAGAUGGCCAUGAUCUCGAGUGGCACAGCAGCACAUCAGAAGACCCGCGCUAGAAGCCCCAGCGAACCAAGCCUCGACAGCGGCAGUGCGGGCUCAAGUAUUGCGCCUCCAUUCCCAGUGCCGAUCCGUCUGAGCUCCCGUAAGCUCCCAUUGACUGGAAGUGACGGACCUCCAAGCCCGACUCGCUCUGCCGGCCGACAUUUCUCAGAUCGUGGUGCCCGUACAUCUCUUCAGCGACGCCCGACCCUACGCCGAGUACGCUCUGCGGCUGCAAUGUCCCAGAGUGAUAUUGCCGAGCGUCCAGAAACUCGCUCGUCACCUGCACGCUCCAUGUCUCCCUUCACUGCAGACAGCCCUACUGCAUACAAUCCGCCACCCAUGCCAUUUGACGACAUCACUGCCCCGCGAGAUCGACGAGCUGGCCAAAAGCGGGCCGCGCACCGCGGUGUCCCGUCCAUGAACUGGGAUCAUGAGCAGCAAGAUUCGACCGGUGGCGUGCAGCCGACUAGUGUUGUGGAUGCCAUUGCUCAGACAAUGGUGGGCGAGUGGAUGUUCAAGUAUGUUCGUCGGCGAAAGUCCUUCGGAAUGGGCGAGUCCAAAGACAACUGGGAAGGCAGGAACCCCGAUGAGGUCUCAGCCAAUAUCACCAACAGCGGAGUUCGACACAAAAGAUGGGUCUGGCUUGCUCCGUAUGAGGGCUCCAUUAUGUGGAGCAGCAAGCAGCCAACCAGUGGCCCUGCUUUGUUGGGCAAGAGUGGUCGGAAGUUUACAAUCCAAUCAGUACUAGACGUCAAGGAUGAUAACCCCAUGCCUAAAGGCGCUAGUACAUCACCUCCAUUCAACCGCUCGAUCUUGGUCCUCACACCCCAGCGUGCUCUCAAGUUCACUGCGCUAACAGUCGAGCGACACUACGUCUGGCUCACCGCGCUAUCCUUCCUCAGCCAUUCCUCAAUGGGUCUUCACGACCUCGCUGCUCUCCCACCUGCUCCACAGGAGGAAAUGGGCUCACCCACGCCGCCAACCGCCACUCUCAGACGCAAUCCAAUCCGCGACUCUAUCCGUGUAGCCAAAGGCCGACCUCGACCCAUGCCCAAGGGCAAACGCUCAUUUCGCAAUGCACCGGAUCCCGUCCCGGAAAUCCCAACAGGCGAUCUAGAAAGCUUGAACGACGCAGCCGACGCCCCACAUGUCCCACGCUUCUCACACCACAACCAUAGCCGCAAACGCAGCAACACUGCUCCACGUCCUCCGGCCCUCCACGCUAUCCGCAGCUUCUCGAGCCAAGGCACCAUGCCCUCCUCGCACAGCGGUUCAUCCGAUCCUUACUUCUCUCCCGCCCCUCCACCAAUUCUUCCCACGGGCAUUGGCAGUGGUCGCAGCAGUAUCAGUCGUACUUCUGAAGCCAGUGGUCGUGCCUCCAGUACCGGUGCAAGCAACAUGUUUGAUGUCGGCACGGUCCGCAUGGAGGCUUUCAUCGACCAUCAUGCUGAACAGAUUAACCGGCCUCGUGGUGCGCCUUCCGCGCGUGGACGUCAUGUGCGGAAGACGUCGAGCCAGUUCAGUCAGGGCCGGUAUGACUAUGACGCGCCAUCGAUUGAUGGGAGCAGUGAGCUUUCUUUCCGGUCUGAUCCUUUCCGUGGCUUUUAA